GAAUUACUUCCGGGUUACGUUUCAUUCGCACGGACAUCUUCGGCGGCCUGCUUGUAAUUUCCCCUAUUGUUGUUAUGUGUUCUCUUGCAACAUGACUUUAAAGUUCUCCCCCCAAUAGGCGUUUUUGUAGAAAAGGGAUUGCAUGUCACGAAUCUCCUUAAUAACUAGAUGUUGACCAGUGGUUGCUGCCCACCCAGGCCAGUAUGGACGAAGGAACCCUGGAGACAGCCAUCACGGCCUACAGCGCCCAGCUGCAGCAGGUGGAAAGUGCCCUGUUGGUCGGCCUGGACCCAUCGCAGCAGGCUGACCUGCUAAAACUGAAAGAAGACCUCUCUCAGCUGAUAGAACUCACAGAAGCUAGCCUAGUGUCGGUCAAGAAGAGUCGGCUCCUCGCCACUCUCGAAGAGGACGACGGGCUCCAGUCGCUAGCCACAGGCACACCAACUAACGGUGGCUUGGACAAUGAGUUUGCUGCCUUCUACUCGGAAGUGGGGGAGGUUUCCGGAAGUAGCUCAGACAUGAGAGAGAGGGAAGAUGAGAGAGAGGAGGAGGAGGAGGAUGAUGGCGAUGUGGAGGAUGAUGGCGAGGUGGAGGGAGAGGUAGAUGCGCUAAGUGGCACCAAAGUGCGAGCACCCUACCGCACCUCUUGGGGGACUUUGGAGUACCACAAUGCAAUGAUCGUGGGGACAGAGAGUUGUGACAGGAAUGAGGCCCAGGUGAGGGUGCUGUAUGUCCAUCCCACACAGAAGUCCAUGAAGCCCUGCCCAUUCUUCCUGGAGGACAAGUGUCGCUUCGCAGACAACUGCAGGUUCUCCCAUGGCGAGGUGGUGUAUGUGUCAGAGCUCAGAGAGUUCCUGGAGUCGAACCUCACUAACCUUCAAGAGGGUUCCUCCUGCUUGGCCAGGCAAGACGACGGCAUCUGGUACUCGGGCAAAAUAACAGACAUCGACAAUGAUUUCUACACGGUGAAGUUCGACUCGGCCUUGCUGAAGAACGUCAUGGUGGAGGCUGACGGGGUCAUCCCACCGUUGAGAGAAGAUGACCUGCCCUCCUGCUCUGACUCGGAGGAUGAUGACAACGGAGAGGGCGAAGCAGCGUUCCCCAUAGUUUUAACCCAAGAGGAGGAUUGGGCGCCGUCGGGAAGUUCUUCUACCUUUGGUGGCUGGGAGGCACACACAAGAGGCAUAGGCUCCAAGCUCAUGCUCAAAAUGGGAUACGAAUAUGGGAAAGGUCUGGGUAAAACGUCAGAGGGUCGGGUGGAGCCAGUGCUGGCGGUGGUCCUGCCCAAAGGUAAAUCUCUGGACCAGUGUGCUGAGCUCACUGCGAGGAAGACGCAGAGCAAAGUGGCCAAAGGCAAAGAUGGGCAGAAGGUGAGCCGCAAUAAGAGAACGAGAAAGGCUCGUGCACAUAACACUGGUGGGUGCCACAACGUCUUUGACUUCCUGAACCGCAAGCUGGGCAACGGGGACGCCAACCCUGAGGCAGGAGGCACUUGUGGCCCCCCUCCCUCACAUACUCCAUCGUCUCAAGGGGCCGGAGUGGAAGCUUACAAGGGGGGGAAGAGCACCAAGAGAAACCUAAACGUGAAGCUGUUCCAGGCGGCAGAGAGGGUGACCCAGACGGAGAGGGAGAUCCAGAGACUCACAGAGUCCCUGAGCCGACGGACUGGGAGGGAUUCUUCCAUGGUGACUCACCUGGAAGAGAAGCUGUCUGCAGCCCGCAGCCUGCUGGUCCAGCAGAAGGCCCAGGAGCUCUCAGCCCAGAGGGAGAACAGGAAGGCUGACACUCACAAGAAAAUGACAGAGUUUUGACCACACGGUCCUCCAGUGAUUUAGAACCCACAAACAAUUUGUCAACUGAGAGAGGUGCCUCCUUAAGCUUAUUUUCAUCCAUUUGACUCAAGACUUUGGAUUGUCUUAAGGCCUCUGGUUGUUGGACUUUUGCCUUUUUUUGGAGUCAUCAACUGGCUCCAUGCAUGAGUUAUUUCUGUUAAUAUUGGUCCUUUUCUGUUUAUGAAAUGUCGACAUGGGUUGCAGUGGUGGAGAUUUUAAGUGUUGGUCAGUUGCUGAUGACCCUCUUGUUGUUAAAGGAUGAGCCAUGACACACUUGGAUAAACUGUUUAUGAUGGAUGUGACGGCUACAUAUAAGUGGAUAUGACAGAUUUUGGUUUCAGGUCCAUAAUUCUCUUAUGUUGUUUUUCAAGUUGGGGCGGCUGGUAGCCUAGUGGUUAGAGUGUUGGGCCAGUAACCGAAAGGUUGCUAGGUUGAAUCCCCGAGCUGACAAGGUAAACAUCUGUCGUUCUGCCUCUGAACAAAACAGUUAACCCACUGUUCCUAGGCCGUCAUUGUAAAUAAGAAUUUGUUCUUUACUGACUUGACGAGUUAAAUUAAGGUUAAAUAAAAUAAAAAGUCCCACCAAUGUAACUAACCAUUUUCUUAUGUUAUAUAGUUUGGAGUGGACAGCUUUCUUUAAAUAAUUGUUUUUAUUAUUUUGCCAAUGUUUUCAGAACUCACUGUACAUUUUCCAUUCUUUGUAAAUAUAAACCUCAUGCAUAACCUAAGCGUGAUAUAAAAAAAAAUGUAUCCCAUGAAAUGCUUGUGUGUUCAUACUGUUAUUCUUAUGGCACCUUUGACAGGUUUUGUCAGAAGAAAUUUGAAUUAUUUUGAACAGAUGCCAGUGCCAGCAUUGAUCUCUCGCCCACCUCAGAUUUUUGACUGACUUGGGGAUUGAAACCUUGAGUUCAGAGACCUUUCGAAGUGUUAAAAUCCUCAGCAAUCUACAUACCAUACCCCAUAAUGACAGCUCUGAGACAGGAUUGUGUCGAGGCUCAAAUCUGGGGAAGGGUACCAGAACAUUUCUGACGCAUUGAAGGUCCCCAAGAACACAGUAGCCUCCAUCAUUCUUAAAUGGAAGAGCUCUUCCUAGAGCUGGCCGCCUGGCCAAACUGAGCAAUCGAGAAGGGCCUUGGUCAGGGAGGUGACCAGGAACUCGAUGGUCACUCUGACAGAGCUUUAGAGUUCUUCUGUGGAGAUGGGAGAACCUUCCAGAAGGACAACCAUCUCUGCAACACUUCACCAAUCAGGCCUUUACGGUAAAGUGGCCAGACGGAUGCCAAUCCUCAGUAAAAGGCACAUGACAGCCCGCUUGGAGUUGCCAAAAGGCACCUAAAGACUCUCAGACCAUGAGAAACAAGAUUCUCAGGUCUGAAAUCAAGAUUGAACACUUUGUCCUGAAUGCCAUGUGUCACUUCUGGAGGAAACCUGGCACCAUCCCCAUGAUGAAUCAUGGUGGUGGCAGCAUGCUGUGGGUUUUUUUUUCAGCGGGCAGGGACUGGGAGACUAGUCAGGAUCGAGGGAAAGAUUAACAGAGCAAAGUACAGAGAGAUCCUUGUUGAAAACCUGCUCCAGAGCUCUCAGGACCUCGGACUGGGGGGGAAGGUUCACCUUACAACAGGACAACGCAGGAGUGGCUUCGGGGCAAGUCUCAAUGUCCUUGAGUGGCCAAGCCAGAGCCCAGACUUGAACCCAAUCGAACAUCUCUGGAGAGACCUGAAAAUAGCUGUGCAGCAACGCUCCCCAUCCAACCUGACAGAGAUUGAGAGGAUUUGCAGAGAAGAAUGGGAGAAACUCCCCGAAUACAGGUGUGCCAAGCUUGUAUAGUUAUGUAAAUAUGAAUGUGAUAUUUCUGUUUAAAAAUAUAUAUAUAUAUAAAUGAGCAAAAAUGUCAAUUAUUAUUUUUGCUUUGUCAUUGUGGAGUAUUGUGUGUGAAUUGAUGGUGAAAAGAAACGAUUGAAUCCAUUUUAGAAUAAUGCUGUAACCUACCAAAUUGUGGUAGGGGGGUCUGAAUUCUUUCUGAAAGCACCGUCGCUCUGGUGACAACUGAUUUGACUGGAUUUAAUUGCUUGAAGGUGAUGAAUGGGAACGGGGCUGUAAAAGUAGCCCAGCAGAUAAUUGACUGCAACGAAGCUCACUACAUUUGUUCAGGUGUUUUGAGUUCGAACAUUGCGCUGGUUUCACAGAUAUACUCUUGUACCCAGUAUCUAUUAGCCGAAUCAGAUUCAACUCAAUAACGUCAGACACAUUUAACUGUUAUUCUUAAUCACUUAUCAAAGCGUUUGAAAAUCAAGAUGGAAGGAAAAUCGCAACAUUUAUUAACAGUAAAGGUCUGUUCUUUCCUCAAAGAUUAAUUAAAUAACCUGACAUUUAGUGGUAAUUAAGUUAUUUAGUCUUAUUGCUUUUUGUGUUUCCACCCAUUUAAAUAUCGGGGCGGCAGGGUAGCCUAGUGGUUAGAGCAUUAGACUAGUAACCGGAAAGGUUGCAAGUUCAAACCCCACAGCUGACAAGGUACAAAUCUGUCGUUCUGCCCCUGAGCAGGCAGUUAACCCGCUAGGCCGUCAUUGAAAAUAAGAAGUUGUUCUUAACUGACUUGCCUAGUUAAAUAAAAAAAUCACAAAUAGUGCAAACCAACAAAGAGAAGAUUGACAAUAGCAAACUUUUAAAAAGACAUUGAUAAUUUAAGAUAACAUGAGCAUUUACUACACUACUCAAAAAAAUAAAGGGAACACUAAAAUAACACAUCCUAGAUCUGAAUGAAUGAAAUAUUCUUAUUAAAUACUUUUUUUCUUUACAUAGUUGAAUGUGCUGACAACAGAAUCCCACAAAAAUGAUCAAUGGAAAUCAAAUUUAUCAACCCAUGGAGGUCUGGAUUUUGCUUUCAUCGAGACCAUCAUUAUUCCAUCAAGAAAUCACAUUCUACCCUAUAUUGUUUAUCAACAGCAAAAAAUAAUGAUUUUAUUAUUUCAGUCAGCAGAAGUACCCUGAAAGACCAUGUGCGUUUCCAUAUCUUGCUUAAUGGCUAUUUUUUCUGUCUGUGUUUUUCUAUACAAAGAUCAAUGCUAGUUCCUGUGCUGAGGCAGUGGAAAUGCAGUCGUUGUACUUUGGUCAGGUUUGAGGUCAUCUGUCCAGGCCUUCAGGUGUAACAUUAGAUACUAUCAUUGAUGUCCAACAGCAGGGGGCUUUGAAAAAAUGAAUCUAACUUAUUCAUUCUGUCUGCAGAAAAUAAAUCUAACUUAUUCAUUCUGUCUGCAGUUUGGUAUGGAAGAGUUGUUUAUUCAAAAGUCACGAAUCUAAAGGUAUCAAAUGUGUUUAAUUGAUGUACAUGGACUGUUUAGACUGAAAUAAACAAAUUGGCAACUUUAAAACGAUUUAUUUUCUUUAAAUAGAAGUCUAAUAAAUCCAAUGUUAGAAUUUGAAUAGAACUAAUUUCUGUAAUGAUAACACAAGUCUCAAAGUAAUGUGACAUAUCAGCUAUUAAUGAAAACAUCACACAAGCAUACAGUUGAAUAAAAAUCUAAAUCCACUCCA